AUGCCUGCUCUCCUUAGCGCGACGUCGUCCAACACCGCCGAGGGCCUCAAAUUCUCGAACCAAGUCAAGUCCGACGACUCGGAGAAGCUUGACUCUGUCUCUGUCGAAGCCGAAAACGUCGAGCAUGACGGUGCGGCGGGAGAAGCCGGCGGUCUUGUCGACCGAGCUCGGCUUGAGAAGAGGCUCGUGCGAAAACUCGAUGCCCGAUGCUCGAUUCUGGUCAUCAUCUACGUACGUGACGAAUUGACCGGACUUUAAUCAACACAGCUGCUCACUCUUUUAACUCCACGACUCCUAUCCCAACAGAUCCUCAACUACAUCGAUCGCAACAACAUCUCCGCGGCUCGCACCAAGGGUUUCGAAGCGGACCUCAAGCUCACCGGAUCGCAAUAUCCUACGCUCCUCUCCAUUCUCUACGUGGGCUACAUCCUCAUGCAGGUGCCCAGUAACAUGAUCGUCAAGAAGCUAGGUCGACCCUCAAUCUACUUCCCGCUCUGCAUGGCUAUCUGGGGUCUCAUCUCGGCGCUCACCGGCAUCACCACCAGCUUCAUUGGCGCUCUUUUGACUCGUUUCUUCUUGGGAUUCGUAGAAGCAUCCUUCUUCCCCGGAUCCGUCUUCCUCUUGUCUUCUUGGUACAAGAAGGAUGAGCUGGGUCUCCGCACCGCUAUUCUCUACUGCGGUUCGCUCAUCUCCAACGCCUUUGGGUCAGUUCGUGAACCUCGCUUUGCUGGUCCCCUUCCGAGCCCCUUUGUUGAAAGAGGGAUGCGCAUCUUUUGACAGCCCGCUUAUUGCCGCCGGUAUCCUCGCUAACAUGGAAGGGUCUUUUGGUGGUCGUGAAGCAUGGAGGAACCUCUUCUUCGUCGAGGCGAUAAUCACGGUCGCCGUGGCCUUGAUCGCCGUGCCCAUCCUGCCCGACUUCCCUCACAACUCGCGCGGCUUCAGUCAAGCGGAGCGCAACAUUGCAAUGCAACGCAUGGUGAGUCUUGCAUGUAGAUCAGGAAGUUUCAGUAAAAGGCUGCCCUCGAGACUAUUUUCUCACCGAUCCACUUUUUUUUAUCCCACUUAGAGUGAAGAUGUUGGUGUGGAAGACGAAAUUGAAGUCGGCGCUUUCCGAUCGCUUCUCGAUACCCUCCUCGACCCCAAAGCAUGGGCCAUGGCCUUGACCGUGACCGCUCUCGUCGUCGGUCUUUCGUUCAAUCAAUUCUUCCCUACCUUGACCAAGACCCUCGGUUACAACAACACCGUCUCGCUCUUGCUCUGCGCCCCUCCUUUCUUCUUCGCCACCUUGUGCGCCUUCUUCGUCGGUCGUCAUUCUGACAAGACUCAGGAGCGAGCGAUGCACAUCAUCGUUCCCGUUCUUAUUGGUAUCCUCGGUUGCAUCAUCGCCAUGUCGACCGAGGCCCUUGCCGCUCGUUAUGUCGCUCUCUUCUUGCUCGCUCAGUCCUUCUCUAGCUUCGUCGUCUUCUACGCUUGGAUCUCCAACACGUGAGUACUAGGACUCUCCUUUCCAGCGACGAGCCUUGACUUACCCGAUAUGUUGUGCUUCAAAAUUCAGCUUCCCUCGACCCGCCAUGAAGCGCGGUAUCGCCAUCGCCUUCAUCAACGCCUUCUCCCAACUCGGUAACAUCAGUGGAGCUUACACGUACCCCAAAAACUGGGGGCCGUCUUACGUCAAGAGGUGAGUCAUCUCGACCGGUUCCUCUCCGCUCCGCCGUACCGGAAACUGACAAAUCAUUCUCACACGAAAUAGUUUCGGCAUCGUCAUCGCCAUGUUCUCCACCUGCAUCGCCGGCGUCCUCUUCCACCGCUUCACUCUCGCUCGAUUGAACCGUAAGCUCGUCGAGGCCGAGGCGCGUGGUGAGAGCUGCGAGUUGAGUGGGGUCAAGUUGCCCAAGGGGUUCCGUUAUGUCUUGUGA